AAUAAAAAAUUUUUUAUUAUCAAUGACGUUAAAGAAGAAUGCAGGUAUGAAUAUAUUAAGGGGUCAGUUUUGGGGAGUUCUAGAGUACGGGGUACAGGUACAGGUCUGCAGAACACCUGGGAUGUUUAAUAGGGUCACUGUGUAUAACAACCUUCUCAUCUGGGACACAGUGAUGAGAGGCAAGUGCACUGCUGGUGCGCACCACCAUGUUUAUCCGGUUAGGGAGAAAGAAAAAAAAUCGAGUUAAAAAUGUUUGAAAAAUAUAUUGUAUAACCUAUCGUUUAUCUGGUAAUAGUACCUAAUGAAAAAUCUUUACAGAAGAAAAAUGCCUGAAGUGUAAAGCAAAUGUUAAGGAGGAACAGCACUUCUCGUAUUUUGUUUUCUUCCCAAGUUAUCCCUGCAAAUAAAGAUACCCUGUACUCUGUGCCAGUCGUUUACCCAAGUGUUUCCCAGCAACAGCUAUUAACAGGAGGUGAGAUCAAGGAACCAGUCUUCCUGGAGGCAGUAGCAGAGUUGUUCAGUGUCUUGCAGUCUUGGAGUCUUCUGACGUGAUGAAGAAAACAUUGUCCCCCAUACAAGAUGAAGGGAAAAAUAGUGGUGGCAGUAGUGACGGCAUAGAUCCAUCCGUCACUCUGCGGACAGUGAAGGAAAGUUUGGGCAACUUGGUUGAGCUUCAACAAGUACAUAAAGAGAGACUAAGAAUAAUUGAAGAAGAACUAACAAAGCUUCAGAAAUUCCAAAAAGAUUAUGAACAGCUUUUAAAGAGGCUUCAAACUCUUCCAGAUAAAACUACACAUGAGGUUAUGGUCCCCUUUGGCAAGUUGGCGUUCAUGCCGGGUCAUUUGGUUCACACUAACGAGAUCUUAGUGUUGUUAGGCGAUAACUGGUUUGCUGACCGAAGUGCAAAACAAGCGUCAGACAUUGUUCGACGGAGGUUAAAAGACUGUGACGAGAAAAUCAAAAUGGCUGAAGCCUCCAGAAAAAUACACACUAACUGGCUGAAGGAAGCUGAGGAGGUGAUGACUGGUGAGGCUGGCAACCAAAUGGAUAUUCUGGAGGAAUUAACUGAGGACGAGUUUCAGAGGAGUCAAGAAGAACACAGAAAAAAGGUCACCAAGUAUUAUGCACAACUAAGAGAAGAGGAAAGACGGGCUCUCAGGAGUAGUGAAUCAGAUCCUACACCAGGAACCAGCACUUUGUCAGAGGACAGCUGUACGUCCAGUAUUGAUGAAAGGUUUGCAAAUAAUCUAACUGAAAAGGAUAGGCAGACGUACGAGGACCUCAUGAAGAGAUUAGACCAACUUGCACUGCAGGAAGAUGAAGAUACUGAUGGGAGUGAUGAAACUGAAGAAAGUGAUAAUGAUCAAGAAAUAUCUGUCGCUGGGGAAGAAAAAAAAGUGAAAUUUGAUGCUCAGAUAAGUGAUAGCGCAAGAACUAUAAAUAGUGAUGGUGCUGAAAUUGCCCACGAAACACUGCUGUCAAAAAGAGCAAAACUGAAAAGGAGGGUUUCUUGGGCAGAUGAUGUGCGGCCCCUGUACACAGUAAUCCCAGAUGAUGAGAGUGAGGAUAUAUAUCGCAUUAAGUACUCUAGUGGGCCGCUCUCCCUUCCUCUAGAGCCACCUGGAGCGGAGGGAGUUGACACAGCAGAUGGUGGUGUAGAGAGUAUUCAGAGUCCUUCAGAUAUUUAUAAGGUGUUUGGUCUUGGGGCAUCUGGACCUGAGCCACCUCCCCGAGGGAUACUGAAAAAAUCGACAUCUCUUCCAGCUCAGGGUGAUAAUUCAGAUGUGCAGGAUGGGUGGUGUUGUCCCCCCAAACCAUUAGAUAUUGAUUCGGAAACCCCUGAAGACCUUCCUCCACCACCCCCGUCACCACCACCAAAGAGGAUGCACUCAAUAAAGCCUGCAUUUUCAUACCGAGUUUUGGAGCACAAGAGUGACAAGGCUGAGGCUCUUGAUGAUGAUGACACCACUAAAACUGAAGAGCAGCCCAAGAAGGUGUCCAAAUUCAAGGCAGCAAGAAUGAAAAAAUAGGUAUUGUCAAUAAAUUUGGCAAUAAGUGUUGAAUUUCAUUACCAGUUGAGGAUAAAUACUGCACUGAAUAUGGAUAUUGUCUAUUAUUUAUGUGUCUUCCUAUUGUUCACAUGGCUUUUAAUGUUUAAAAGUUUAUAGUAGUGUGGCAGUAGAUCACUAGAAGGGUAUUGAAUCCUUCUUUACUGCAAACCAAAUCCAUGUUGGUUGUGGUAUGCUUGUACUGUGAUUUGCUUUGUAGUUAAGAAGAUGCUAACCUCUUAGGCCAACAUAUAAUGCAAGAAGCUUGCUAUUAGCACAAGUACAGGCACAGUAGUGAUCUUUUAAACUAACCAUUUCAAUAAUUUUUGAUGAAUAUUUGGCCAAAUCGAAGUAAAUUGUCCAUUUCCAAUUACAUAGCCAUUUUAGGGUAGGGUGGAAGGCAAAUUUUGUUUCCCACUUUUUUUUUAUUUAUACAGUUUAUUUAAUGCAAUCUGGUUAGAAUUCAGUGUUUCAACUUUAAUUUUUUAUGAGGAUCUGACAAUGAAAGUUUUUUAAAUACUUGUUCAAAUGUAUUUUACCUGUGUUUCUGAAAAUUUGUUUAUGAAUUUGUUAAUUAUUUUCGCUUUCUACAGGUAUUGUAAUAUUUUUGGGAUCAACAUGGAAAAAUAUGGUCAGUUCAGUGACUGGAAAUGAACAUUUUAAUGCACCUGGUCUUAUCAAUAAAUUUUGGUAAUUUUUGUCAAAAAGCAAUACAGAACAGUACUAAUAAAUACUUUUUUAUGCCAUCUUCUACUAAGCAUGGCAACAUCACUCCAGGUGAGGAAGGAUAUUGUAGUAUAGCAACUCAGCAUAAUUUAGCAAUUAUUCUUCAACAUAUCCAAUAGUGCCCUACCAUUCCUGCUUGAUCCUCCGGUUACAUCACCUUCUCAUGGGUUGUGAAGGCAAAGUAUAAUCCCAGCACAAUGUUCAGUGUAAAACAAAAAAUAAACCACUUUGCAAUGUUAGCAAUAUAUCAUCCUACCAAUACAUAUCAUAUAUCUUUGUGUGGUCUUUUUCUCACCCUCUUCUUAAAUACCUAUUGUAGUGUAGAAGGUGUCAAGGGAAGGUUUGACGCCCUUUGACCUAUCCUUCAUUGGUGACUUAACUUUUUCUGAUCUUUUCCACCCUGUAAUUCCAUUCAGUAGCUUGUACAUUCUCAGCUGGUCAUAAUUUUAAGGUCAGUGCUAUACCAUUCCUUAUACUGUACUUGUGAAUAUGCUCCCUGUUAUCUGUUUUAUUUAUUUCAUGGAUCUCCUGAGCCCCAAGGUACCUUACAUAUAGCCUGGUAUUAUAAGCUGGUGCUAGAUCUACCUACAAGCUCAGAGGUCUUGAUCCUGAAGAUCACCAGACCAUGUUUGUAAUUAUGAUGUAAUAUUUAUUGGCAGGUGAUGGAUGUAGGUUUAUGCAUGCUUAAUGUGUAUAUGUACUGUACUGUGCUUAUGUAACAAGAAGACAAGGAUGUUUAGAAAAUAGUGAAAGUAAUGAAGGUUAUGUGACAAGGAAAAAGUUACAAAGAUAGCUGUUUGGUAGAUGCCAAAAGGAGUAUUAGCUGCAAAAAAAUUAUCUUUUUGCCCUUUUAAGCCUCUAUGGUGUAGUGGUGCAGUGUGAUGGAUAACUCUCCAGUCUUACUGCUGUAUUAUACGUUACUUUAUUGGUAGUCCUCUUCCACAAUAAGGCCUAAACAUUUAUAUAUAGUGUACCCAUUGCUUCUUUAUUCUAGUAUAUACAUCUAGAGUCAUUUAUUAGCAUUUAUUACUUGAAACACCCAAAAGAGCAGUGUCAUCUGCAGAGAGUACUGGAGGUGAUUCACAUUCCAUAUCUCCAUCAACAAAACUCAACUCUCUCCAUUACUCUUGCUUUCAUAUCUCUUAUGACCCCAUCCAUGUAAAUAUUGUAUAAAACAUGCACACUGCACUUCCUUGAUGCAGUAGGGACCAUGGAACCCUAGCUUUAAAGGCUAGUUGUAGAGUAGAACAUCUGUUGAUGUUCCUUGUAGAGUCGACCAGCAAUAAAGGCUCCUCAUACAUAU